CCUCUUUUACAUUGGGUUGGUUCGUUCACACGAGCGCUUGCGUUAUUUCCUACAGUUCCUGAAGGCAUCAGAUCCUCCGCUAAGCUAGUAGGUAGUUGGUCACCUCCAUCACAGGGAGAGGACGCAGCUUUAAAGGUUCAUCGAGGCUUUGCUUCAGUUUUCUGCACAAAAUGCUGAACCCGCAGAGAUCUCUGUCUGAACUGCCCAAGAUGUCCGCUGCCAGCCAAGUGGAGAGAGCCGUGCUGGAGGAGGAGUUCAAUUGGCUGCUUAAAGAAGAAGUACAUUCUGUCCUGAAGCAACUCCAGGAUGUCCUCAAGGAGGCAUCUAGACGUUUCUCCAUGCCGACGCCAGGCCUGGAGAGUCAGCUCAAACAGGAAAACUUCAUCCUCGGCAGCUCAACCAUGGAUCAAGUGAAGGGAGUGCUGACUCUGCAGGGAGAGGCUCUGACUCAGGCUGACAUAAACCUGAAGGUUGCGAAGAGCAGCCAAGUGCUGCACUUUCAGUUCAGGGAGGACAAGCAAUGGAAACUGCAGCAGAUCCAGGAUGCCAGGAACCAUGUGAACCAGGCUCUCCAGCUGCUGAACAGCCAUGAUGAGAGCUACCACUUCAAGACAGGGGCUGAGGUGAACAAGCUGAUGGACGCAGUGAUGCUCCAGCUGACACGAGCGCGGAACCGCCUCACCACCCCGGCCUCCAUGACGCUGCCUGAGCUGGCUACCAGUGGCCUGAUGAAAAUGUUCACUCCUCCCAUGCCCGGGGAUGUGAUGGUGAAUUUUUACAUCAAUUUAAGCAAACUGUGUCUGACGGUCUACCAGCUUCACGUGCUGCCUCCCAACACCACCAAGAAUUUCAAACCAGCUGGAAGCUCAGUGCUGCACAACCCUGGAGCCAUGUUUGAGCUCAACAACAACCGCUUCGAGGUGAGCCAUGUUCACAAGGUGGAGUGUGUGGUACCUUGGCUUAAUGAUACGCUGGUGUUCUUCACCAUCUCCCUGCAACUCUGUCAGCAGCUCAAGGACAAGAUAUCUGUCUUCUCCAGCUUCUGGAACUACAGACCUUUCUAAUCCACCUCCAGAGACCUUCAGACCCAAACAAACCACACAAGUGUAAGGGACAUCGUGGGAAUGCUUUUAUUUUUUUAUAUAUUUAUCAUCCAGUCAUUCAGUCAAGUGUUGCAUGAUCAGCCGAAGGAGCCAAUCAAACCCCGACAGGUAUCCAUUGUUUGCCAUUCCCAGUUGUGUUAGCUUUGAUUUGUGUGUAUUGCAUCUCACAGCACUGAUUUGAACUCAUCAAUGAAUGUAUGUGACUUUUGUUGAUUUAUUAGAAUUAUUUUUUUGUUACGUUCACGCAAUUUAUUGAGUAUUUAUCUGGUUUUUAUACCAAAGUUCUCAUCAUCAUCUGAACUGUCUUGUUGUGAAACACUAAUUUGUGCACUCAGGGUUGGAAAACGAUGCAGUCCCUAAGGGAUCAGAGUGGGAGGUUUUUUUUUUUCUGUAAUAUUUCUUUGUUCCCUCACACAGUCCUUUUUAAAGUUUUUGCAUUCCCUCACUAGUCCUCCAUUCUUCCUCACAGACUUUAAAGACCCACCAAACCUGUUUUCUCAGUCAGCUUCUUACUAUAAGGAAGUUGGUGGGGCUCAGUUGGAAUAACUUCCAUGUAACAGGAUCAGGAUUUGGCAACAUUUGAACCGAUAAGUGAUGACAGUGGAGGGGUUGUUUGCUGAUGCACAACUUCAACUUUGAUUGUUGCACAUUUACUCAAAAAAAACAAGUUUUCAGGUGCUUUAAUCUGUGCAUUUAUUUUAUAUAUUCACUUAUAUGAGGUGAGUGCAGUGUCAGAUCAUGGUCUGUACAGGCGGAGUCACAAAUGUGCAGGUGGAGGUGGGAUGCCAGUAGUUUCCCUCAGGGAAGGGUUACAGUACUUUAAAAGGUGGAGAAGCACUACUCACUUCUUUUAAAAACUCCUAUUGAUUAUUAACCAGCAGCAGGUCAAUAUACUUUAGGCUGAGUUAAAAAUGGAAUGAAAUAGUUUGAUCAAUAAUUAGCGCUGAGUGUUGGACAGUAUAAUGUAUGGAAACAUGUGUGGGAGUGCAAAAAGCUUUUAUAAGGGAAUACAAACAUAAAUGCAUGAAAAUAUCAAUCCUGUGAGGGGAUGCAGAAGUAGUGUGAAAAUAUUUCCCACUGUGGUCUUUAUGGGUUAAAAACAUGUCUGUGACAGUGUUUUUGUUUUUGGUGGAAAGGACUUGGAGACAUACAUUCCCUGUUUGUUACUACAUGAAAACGAUGUUAAAUGAUAAGCUACUAGUUGUGUCUGCUAUGUUUUUAUUUAUUUACAUGUUUUUGAACGUAUGUUGUUGAUUCCCUGUGAACCAAACACUAAUCUAAUCAUGAACAAAUGACUUCAUUCCAGUAAGUGUUAAUCUAUUUUGAAGAGCUGCCUAUCAUAUAAAAUGUGGAAAUUAUUUAUCUGAUAUCUGUGCAAUAAAAAUAUUCUAAACAACA